AUGAAUCAAGUGAUCCGAUCGAGCGGUUCGAAGCUGAUGACCGAUUGCGAGACUGCCACAACAAGUGCCACUCACAAUAGAUCGAUGACGACAACAACGGCCACCGCGAUGUCCGAAGAUGGCCUCGUGACCAGUCAAUCGUUGUUCGGGGCACAAUUCUCCCGUCCGGAUAAGAUGGAGACACGGUCAACAAGUGGGUUUUCAUCAACCCUAGGGACAAUCAAAAAGACUGAAUGCACAUCGGGAUCCGCAAUGAUUGAGACGUCCGAUACAGACACCACCGAAGGAGGUGUUGAGCCUGUUCCCAAUGUGCAAACAGAACUCACCCCAUGGCAGUCUAUGGAAAGUUUACUGGAUCCCGAUGGGCCAAAGACUACCAAAGAAAUGUGGCAUGGAAUCCCGCAAUCAGAAGCCAGCUGUAUGAAACCAUUCAAUGGAAUUUCACAAGAAAGUAGUAUCCGAAUAGCGGAAAAUGCACAUAUCGACAGGCGGCUCAAUGAAAAUCCAACUUCACACGUGAAAUCGGAAGGUUCCGCUUUGAGUAACCGAAUGUACACGAUUGAUUGCAUCCUCUCACCGACUGCGUCACUUGAUUCAUCCACUGAUGUGCAUACAACAACCAACUCACCGUACAGCAGUCCAUCAGCAUCAAUAUUACCCACACUAGCACCACCCCUAAUUCGACCAACUAAAACGGAUUUUGCAAGUAGCCCCAAAAUGUCUUCACACACCUGCUUGAGUGCUUUUCCUGAGAUAUCCUCAUUCGGCUUAACAGGAUCGGGGCAAACUGUUACUGCCUCCACAGACACCAAUAUCACAAACACGACUAGCACUGUCCCCAGUAACACCGGUGACUACCCCAACAACUGCAACAUUAACAAUAGCACCAAUAAUACAACUAACACAGCCGCUUCGUUCGAUUUCUGGUUUGCUCUAUUUUUCGAACUGUGGACCCAGCGAUUUCGAGAAAUACAGUCCCAAAUGACACAAGUGCAACCGAUCGAUUUUCGACUAUCGGCUACUGAUAAUCGUCGUGGAAACUCCGACUGUGACACUUGUAUCGCACCCUCGUCUAUUCUCAUGAAUUGGCCUACAACACCUGUGAUACCCGGUGGUAAAGCGGAUCUAUCUACCGAGUCUCGAUCAAAUAUUUAUACCACAGAACCGACCUCAGAUCCGAAUUUGCAAUUACCCUACUCACUUCAGUCGCUCGCUUCUUUGCGUCCCAUUGUGCCAGGUUUGGUUGAUAUCCCAGAGGCUUACUCGUUAGCAUCCACACCAAACAAACCCACCAUGGGUCCCGCAGUGUGCAACAAUGCGUACAAGCUCACCUCAACAGACACCAUUCGAAACUUCUGGAAUCGAAACCAAAGUGAAUCUCACACAGGAUUGUCUAAUACAAAUAUGUGGAAAGAUUAUCAUUCGUUUUCCUCUCGAGUGAAACAAUCGUCUCCAUCCAAUAACAGCUGGUUUUCCGAGUCCAUGGUGCCCAAUCUUCACGCCGAACCGCAGUCACUCAGUUUGAAUACAUCACAAGCGAAAGAUUAUUGUAGACCUUUGCACGGUGAUCCAGAGCACCCUCAGGCGAUUAAUGCUAGUGCGCUCACCUUGAUUGACCGUGCAAAAGGUUUAGCUACAACAUCCGGAACGAUUUCGAAUGUCAAACGAAAUACCACCGGAUCAAACCGAUCCACCGCUUUGUCGUUCACAAACCGAACAGAUAUUCCUCGUCCCACGAACGGCGGACGAAGAACCCGUGGCUAUCGGGCACUUCCUUUCCCCAUCGGAAAACGGGAUGGACGAAUGCAUUACGAGUGCAAUGUAUGCCAUAAAACGUUUGGUCAGUUGUCAAAUUUGAAAGUUCAUCUACGCACGCACACCGGGGAGAGACCGUUUCGAUGCACUGUUUGUGACAAGGGAUUCACUCAGUUAGCCCACUUACAAAAGCACACCUUGGUGCACACGGGUGAGAAACCGCAUCAGUGUGUGGUCUGUGAAAAGCGAUUUAGCAGUACAAGCAAUCUCAAAACACAUAUGCGUUUACACAGUGGAGAAAAACCGUUCAAAUGUAAACUGUGUGAUGUAAAAUUUAGUCAGUUUAUUCACCUCAAAUUGCAUCGUCGAUUGCACUCGUCAGAUCGAUCGUUUAAUUGUCCAAAAUGCCAACGGAAAUUUACCUCGUACGGUUACUUGAGAAUGCAUUGGGAACGUGAGGACUGCUACUCAAAAGAUCAACUUCCACCCGAUCAAUAUUUGUGGAUGGACCUUUCCAAUCCGGCAUUCAAUAACAGCGAGUGCGAUUUGAAUCAAUCCGGUGAAUUUGCGCACACUGCCGACGCAUAUUGGAAUGGAUCGUCGGAACACCAAUUAUCACAUUGA